AUGAUGAAUAACAACGGCAACCAAGUCUCUAAUCUAUCCAAUGCUCUCCGUCAGGUAAACAUAGGGAAUAGGAAUAGUAAUACCACUACCGACCAAAGUAAUAUAAAUUUUGAGUUCCCCGCAGGUGUGAAUAAUAGUAAUAAUAUUAAUAAUAAUAACAACAGCAAUAACGAUAAUAAUAACACUAAUACUGUUCAAAACAACAACAAUGGCCGCAAUGGUAGUCAAAAUAAUGACAACGAAAAUAACAUCAAGGAGACAUUGGAACAGCAUCGGCAACAGCAACAGGCCUUUUCAGGUAUGAGUCACGUGGAAUAUUCCAGAAUUACAAAAUUCUUCCAAGAACAACCACUCGAAGGAUAUACCCUUUUUUCUCACAGGUCUGCGCCAAAUGGGUUUAAAGUUGCCAUAGUACUAAGUGAGCUUGGAUUUCAUUAUAACACGAUCUUCCUAGAUUUCAAUCUUGGGGAACAUAGAGCUCCCGAAUUUGUUUCUGUGAAUCCUAAUGCUAGAGUUCCAGCCUUAAUCGAUCACAGUAUGGAUAAUUUAUCCAUUUGGGAAUCGGGAGCAAUUUUGCUACACUUGGUAAAUAAAUAUUACAAAGAGACUGGUAAUCCAUUACUAUGGUCCGAUGAUUUAGCUGAUCAGUCACAAAUCAACGCAUGGUUGUUCUUCCAGACUUCAGGCCACGCACCAAUGAUUGGACAAGCUUUACAUUUCAGAUACUUUCAUUCUCAAAAGAUAGCAAGUGCUGUGGAAAGAUAUACAGAUGAGGUUAGAAGAGUUUACGGUGUAGUGGAGAUGGCAUUAGCCGAGCGGAGGGAAGCAUUAGUUAUGGAAUUAGACACGGAAAAUGCAGCAGCAUACUCUGCUGGGACAACGCCAAUGUCACAGAGUCGUUUCUUUGACUAUCCUGUAUGGCUCGUGGGAGAUAAACUGACUAUAGCAGAUUUGGCCUUUGUUCCCUGGAAUAAUGUCGUAGAUAGAAUCGGCAUUAAUAUCAAAAUGGAAUUUCCAGAAGUUUACAAGUGGACGAAGCAUAUGAUGAGAAGACCCGCUGUCAUUAAAGCAUUGCGCGGUGAGUAA